AUGGAGCUGCGUUUCCGGGGCAAGAAGAACGCUGAGGACGCGGAUACCGUCGGCUUUUGGCUGUGCGAGGGCCGGAAGAAACGUCGCGUUGUGGGCAACAAGACGCAAUCGUUAAUCUCGGCUGCGACCGAGUGGGAACUUAACCAGGUGCUGGAGAACACGGAUCUGCAGUUUAUGAAUGAGUCCACGGGGCUUCUGGUGCCUCGUGAUGAGGAGAUAGGCAAGUUUAUCUCGGAGCGCGAAGUAGUGCGGCUCUGCUCGAUGGCGGAACUGGACGCGCUGCUAGAGAAGUUCGCCACACGCGAUCAGGAUGUGGCAGCGGAAAUGAUGAACCCCAAGGGUACGACACCAAUCGGCGCAGCCCUGUCCCGACUUAAGAAGAUGAGUGUUACCAAUCCGACGUUGAAGAAGCUGCAACAGACGCUGGAUGGGCACACGAGCCCCCAUUCCGCGACCAAAUGUAGCGAAGCCGAUGCGCUGGACCAAUUCCCAGAGGUGGAUCCGAUCUUUGAGAGCGGGGAGAUCGAAGAAAUUACUGGAGACUCUGGAAAUCAACCGAUAACGUGUGAUAUGUGUGAAGUGUCAUGGCCUGGUGAUGCUUCAGAAAGUAUGUAUCGGUGGAUGAAGCUGGGGAUUGUCACGCACCAAGGCUGUGCGCAGUUCACUGCGGAUGUAUUGGCGCAACAUCCCGAUAUCAUAACUCGUGAAGAGUUUCUGAGCAUGUCCAAGACUCCAGUGUCGAGUCUGAAUAAGCCUGGCACUUUCCACGUAACGGUGCAUCGUGCAAUGGAACUUCCAGGGACGCAGAUAAUUGGCAAGCAGACGCCUUAUGCCAGGCUAUCGCUGCUCCCUUGGAAGGAGCCAAUGCAGACCAAACCCGUUGAAAAUGGUGGCCGUAAUCCAGUGUGGAUCAACACACAUGAUAACGCGAUGCAGUUUUCACACAUGUACAACAGCACUAUCACACCAAUCCCGCUACUGGAAGUCGAGGUGUAUAAUUACAACUACCUUGCUGACGACCAGAUUGCUUGCACGCUGGUGGAUAUGAGUCCGUUACUUCGAUACCCUAACAUUGAGGCCAAGAGAUGGUUUACGCUGUCUUCUCGAGCCCUGCUAAGCCAAAGCACGGGUCAGCCCAAGGUUAUGCUUGCGAUCGAGUUUGUACCGACCGAGGGGGAGAUCAGUACAACCAACGCGCACAAGUUUCGUGUCCAUCAGCUCAAAAUCAUUGGUCUUGCGAUACCGAUUUGCGCAGUGUGCGACCGAACAAUUAUGAAUGCGCUGAAAAAUAUCUGGGGUUAUCGAUGUGAGCUGUGCGGGAUUGACGUGCACAAAGGCUGCAUGAUGAAAGCUACAAUUCAGUGUGAAUGUGUUGCCCAGGAAUUAUUAGGCGCAGAUCAGGAGGAAAAAGAGCGCGGAGGAAUCAACUUUCGCGUAUUGAAUGAUGGCGUUUCGCGUCCAUCCGGAGAACUUUUCGUGACUUUCCGCGGCUUACACUUGUGCACUAAACACUGUCGGGACGACUUCCACGCGAAGAACAUUUUUGAAGGGGACUCGUAUUGCCGUCUUAACUUCGACGGUAUCGUGCAUGAGACCAGCCCAGUACUGAAAAGUGCCGACCCAAUGUACAUGGAGCACUUGUGCUUUAAAGUCCGUCACCCAAACUCGAUCUUUCGCAUCUAUGUGAUCGAUUUCAACUCGGAUCAGUGCAUUGCACAACUGGAUGUUUCACUCUUCCAGCUUCUUCAACGCGAAGCUGACAAGUUUAUUCGCACGAAUUCCGUGCUGAUGAAGUUGCAGGACCCACUUCGUCACUUGAGCCUGAACAAUGAGGCGAACCAAGCGGCAAUCAACGAUUCGUGGACUGCGUUGCCAAUUCUGGGCGACAAAGACCAUUACAAGCUAUCGCCACCCCCGGGAUCGAAACAGCAACUAGGUGAGAAUCUUGGCUUUGUGCUCAUCGAUUUGGAAUAUGUGGAACACAAAGAAGACUUGCUGCGCGUCCGGGUGGACAACGACUCUUCUCUACUUGAACGGGAGGAGAAGGAGUUCUCGGUGGAAUCGCUGCGGAUUACAAUCGAGCGGUUUGGACGGGCAGUGAAGCUUUUCCAGGGGAUUGAUGCUGAAUAUGCCAGCGUCAUUUCAUGGAAGAACAAGAAGAAAUCUGCAGUUUUCUUUACUGCGUUCGUGUACGGCUGUGUGUUUGCCGACCUGGAGUACGCCUUGUCGUACGUAUUUGGAGGAAUCCUCUUGUAUAUGCUAUAUCGUCUACAUCUGCGUCUAGAAGGGGCUUAUGUCGCACGUUGGGUUGGAUAUGAAGAAUAUGAACGUGAACUCGAGGAGGCGCAGAAGCUGUACAGACCACUGGCGGACUUGCACGUUGCUGUUCACGAGGCACACCUCUCCGAGAAAACGGACAGUCUGCUUAUGGAAAGUCAGUCCCAUCUGAAGGACGUUUCAUCCUCGAAGCUUGGCUUCUACGUUCGUAUCAAGUAUCGCCCCAACGACAAGAAGUCGGAGACGGGCGACAUGGUUUUAAUUCCUUCUGGCUACGAUGAAACUACUAUCGCCUGGACGAAUGUAGUGGGGAAAAGCCGCAAGCCGACGUGGCGCAAAAGCUCUCUUUCUUCUUUCGGAUCCAUACCUCCUGCGACAAUCCGGAAAGUGCUUCCGUUCCGAAAUUCCAACAUUUCUUGGCGUCAUGAUCCUCGGACCUGUAAGUGCGAUCAAUGCUCUGCAUACCAGCGAAACUUGAAAGAAGAAGGGCAUGAGUCUGUUUCCUGUGGUGUCGAUCACCAUGCCUACUACUUUCCGAUCCCACAAGCGUCUAGGAAAAACUUUUCUGGUCGUGAUGAUCUGGUGCCGUGGUCGUCUUUUCCUGGUCUUUUGCAGUUCGACUUGUGUAUUUCAUUGAGCGGUGAAGCGAAGGAGACACCAGAUUUAGUAGCUGCGAGUGCUACGAUCCCGCUUCAUAGUCUACUCAAGCGAGGUGACAACUCGAAGAACGAUUAUAUGCUAGUGCGUGUUGAGUUUCGGGUCCCUGAAGGAAGUAAGAUGCUCUCGAGUGAUAAGCUCUUACUCAACGACACGUCGGAGCGAAAGGAAUUGAUACCUGUCCAGCCAGCGAUUGCACGGAAAAAGCGUCCUGUUAGUCAUGUUGACCGCAGCUUUUCCGAGUUUGUGUGCGAAAGCAUGGUCGAGAAAGAAAAGUCCAAGAUCAUCGGAGCAAACCUCUUUGACGCCUUUUGGAAAGUGAAAGACACUGUCAGACAGCUGCAGAACGAGAUUGGCCGUGCGUGUGGAGCUCUAGCAUGCGCUGAAAAUCUUUUGAACUGGACCCAUCCAUGGAAAACGGCAACUGCUUUGGUCGUGUUGGCGAUAAUGACGCUCAUUUUUUCGGUUAUUCGAGGGCGUUGGGCAAUUCUUCUAUUUGGGCUUACGGAAUUUGGUGCGGUGUUUGUGGACGAUGCCCCAACUAGCAAGCGCGUUCGAAAAGUUCUGUGGAAUUACCUGUCAUCGCUCCCUACAGACCAGGAUUUAAUUGAUCUGUAUGGACCUGAGCGUACUGUGUACAUGAAGCAGAGGAAGAGGCAGCAAGAAGACGACGAAGAAACGGCAGUCCGUCUUCGCUACCACGCGCUGUGGAUUGGCAAUAUUUCAUCGAAGCUCGAGGGAGAUCACUAUGCUAAGACCUACUUCAUGGUGUAUCGCCCGUAUCGCUUUUUAAUGUGGAAAAGUGAAGAUGACGCUGAAGAGGGCUCUCCUCCGCUGCAGCAGCUCGUGGUUGGUGCUAUUUCCAUUGAUAACAUGAGUUGGAAUGAUGUGCUUACUUGA